AUGCGUGUCAACAAUACGAGAGUACUUAAAAUAGCUAAAUUCUCUGUCCUGGCUAUUUUAAUUGUUUUUAUUAUAGGAUUCUGUAUAUAUAAAAUGGUUGGCAUUAAAAAGAAUAUAUAUAAUCUAGGGUCAAAUAACCCUUUAUUAAAGAAUAUGCAAGUAGUCUCAAAACUCAAUGACUUAGAUGAGAGUGAUAUAGAUUCCUCCUUAAAGAAUAACCUUAUGAACAAUGAUUCAGAAUUUAAAUUUGAGAACCAAAAUUAUGAAUAUUCCAUGGAUAAUAGCUCUAUGGAUAAUAACACUACCAAUGAGCCUGAAAAUAGACCAAAACAAAUAAAUCCCUACAAUGCAUCAGAGAAAUUCAGCAAAGUUGAAAAGGAUGAUGGAUAUGGAAGCAGUAAUUCUCUGAAUUCGUUUAAUUUAGAUGAAAAAGAACAAAAUAUUCCCUCAUCAGUACAAACAUCACCAUCCACUAGCACUCAUAACCCGCAUAUCCAGCAACCAUCCACUAGCAGUCAUAAUUCACAGUCUAAUGUAAUACAUAUCCCACAGAAGCAAAAUAUGAGGUUUUUUAACCGUCAGAAUAUACAAAGACAGAAGGACAAUGAACACACACAGAAUGGACCUUUUGACCAGCCUAUAGAGUUUUCAGUAUACGAAGACGAGUAUAGAAAAUUUGAAAGUACCCGGUCAGAGCAUACUAAAGGGUAUUCUGUGCUUUUUAAUGAAUCUGCAGAUUUGGAUGCAAAUUAUCAAAAUUCAUCCAAUGAUUAUAAUGAAGAUGAGGAUUUAAGUGAUUUUAGUACAUACAAUAGUUUAUUAGAUAUUAUAAAGACAUCUGAUAGUGAACCUAAAGAACAAAAAAAUUCAGUUAAUUUUAAUAUGCAAGAUGUAUCCUAUGAAGAUGUCUCUACAGCAAUGUCUAUGAAGGACUUUAAGGAUUUCACUGAAAAAUAUAAUAAGUUAAAAGAUGCUUAUAUGUUUUCAAAAUUCACAAAAAUAGCAAACAAUCUAAAAGAUAACUGUAACAGAACAAGUGAUACUCUAGAUAAGUGCUUACAAAUAAUGCUCUCAAAUAUUGAUCAACAAAAAAAACUAAAGACUCCUCCAAGUUAUACUACUAUAACUGAGAUUCCAAUUACUGCUACAGCUGAUACUAUAACAGCUACUACUAUAACUAAGGUUCCAAUUGCUACUAAAGCUACUACUAAAAAAACAAAAACAAAAACUGCUACUAGAACAACUACUAGAACUGAGAUUCUAAUUACUGCUCCAACUUCUACUAUAACUGAGACUAAUGAGACUAAUGAGACUAAUGAUACUAAUGAGGCUAAUGAUACUAAUGAGGCUAAUGAGACUAAUGAGGCUACAGAUGAGACUAAUGAGACUAAUGAGGCUACAGAUGAGACUAAUGAGACUCCAAUUGCUACACCAAUUGAUAGUACAGAUGAGACUCUAAUUGCUACAACACCAAUUGCUACUACAACUCCUAAAAGUAACCAAGAUCUAAGUGAUAAAAAUGAUAAAAAUCUAAGUGAUCAAGAUACUAACAGUAAGCCUUUACAACUAAAAACUCUAAAGGCUCCAAAUUUUGUAUCUGUCACAAAGAAUUUAAGAGAUACUGAACCUAUUGGAUUCUUUGGAUAUGGUCCUUCUCAAAAUUAUUUAGGUAAUGGUAACGAUUAUGAUCUACAUGUUAGUAAUUGUGCUAAUUAUGAUUCAACUGAUCCAAUAAGUCCUUCGGUUCAAGAUACAGUAUAA